CCUACUGAUUGAGGAUCGCGAGCCACUUCAGCGAUUGAUUGUACUCUCGUCCUUUGAUGUAAAAAGAUCCAGUAUGGCGUUACUUUUGAGAAGCUUUGUUCGUGCUCCUACAACCUUUUCUUCCUGCACAGGAUGUCUUCAGACCUUUAAAAGCCACAGCCUUACAUCAGUCCGCAACUUCCAUCAGUUCAAGACGUACACAUCAAAGCAGCUUAAUUUGGCGUUAAGACCAGCUCAGGUGUCGCUUCUCAGAAAAAGCACAAAUGUUGCUGCUGCUCAGCUUUCUGCGAGAUCUCAGAAAAUUGUGGGCUCAUGGCUAGUGGGAUGUGCUGGGAUGUGCUUUGGUGCAGUUAUUCUUGGUGGAGUGACAAGAUUAACAGAGUCAGGUUUGUCUAUGGUUGAUUGGAAACUCAUCAAGGAUAUGAAACCCCCACAGUCACAAGCGGAAUGGGAGGAAGAGUUUGAGACAUACAAACAAUAUCCUGAAUACAAAUACAUGGCAAGCCACAAAGAGAUGACAUUGUCUGACUUCAAGUUCAUCUUUUACAUGGAGUGGGGUCAUAGAAUGUGGGGAAGAGCAACAGGGAUGGUGUUCCUUUUACCAGCUCUUUACUUUUUGAGGAAAGGCUGGGUUUCCAAAGCUUUAAAGCCCAGACUGGCAGUAUAUGCAGGAUUGCUUGGCUUUCAGGGUUUCCUGGGCUGGUACAUGGUGAAAAGCGGCCUUCAGGACAAACCUGACCCCUCUGAUGUCCCACGGGUUAGCCAGUACCGGCUGGCUGCUCACCUGGGCUCUGCAUUCCUUCUGUACACCUUGUUUCUGUGGCAAGGCCUUACUCAUCUACUAACACCUGUCAAGCUACAGGAAGUGAAGAGUAUUGCAAGAUUGCGAGGCAUGGCUCAUGGUGUUAUGACAGCUGUGUUCAUCACUGCCCUGUCAGGGGCGUUCGUGGCAGGUUUAGAUGCUGGACUGACAUACAACUCAUAUCCGAAAAUGGCUGACAGAUGGAUCCCAGAUGAUUUGUGGGCAUUUGCUCCAAAGUGGAAAAAUAUUUUUGAGAAUCCCACAACGGUUCAGUUCAACCACAGGCACUUGGCUGAGUCAACAGUUGCCCUGAUCGGAGGGUUCUGGUUCCUGGCCCGGAAGGCACCUCUACACCCCCGAGCUAGACUAGCUGUGAAUCUGUUGCUGGGCAUGGCAUUUGGACAGGCUGCUCUGGGUAUCACAACACUGCUGACGUAUGUUCCGACCCCAGUUGCAGCUACUCACCAGUCAGGCUCCCUGGUUUUGCUCAGUCUGGCUGUUUGGGUAGCGCAUGAGCUGCGGAGACUCCCAAAGUAACAACGCUAGGUUGAAACUUGCAAGACAGUGGAAUGUUCCAGGAAUGUUUGCUCCUUUUGGUUGUGUGCUGUGUGUUUUUGAGUAUGAAUGAUUUUUCAUGUUGACUUAAUGUGUGAUCAAAAGAAGACAUUUUGACAUGGGGUGUAAGGAUACCUAUUGGACAAAGUCAAUACAUGAUUUUUACUUAUUAAAAGCUGUUAUUACUUUAAAAACAGGUAAGAUUUUUCAUGUUGUUUUGUUUGUCAAAGUUGAUGACUGAACCAAUCUUUGUACAGAACCAACUUGCUGCAUAAAUAAAUGGGAAGUUUGUCCAUUUUUAUUUGUAUUUACAUUUUUAUGUGCAUGUAGUUGAAACCAAGAUUUAUUUUUGACUGAGGAAAUGUAAUGUAGAUUAUUGGAUUAUUCUUGUUAAUGUUAUGGCUUGUGCAGUUGAGAAGGAGUAGCUGUUACUAACAGUUUUCAGUUAGGAUGACAGAACUUUUUCUCGAAGAGUGAGAAGCUAGUGGGCAAAGUAUUGAAAAA